AUGGCGAUGACCAUUCUUGCUGAUACCGCGCCUUCUGUUACCAACAAUAGCACCAGCGCUCCGUCGCCUGUCAACGGUGCUCAAGACUCCCCACUGUCUACUCCUGUCUCGGCCCAUUCAGCCGUUGCCGCUCCCCAGUCUGUCCCCGCGGAUCCUCCGAGGACGGUGGUGGUAGUUUACGGGUCCGGCCAGGACACCAUCGUGCACCUGGUCGCCGAGGUUCUGGGCAAACCAUGGACCACGGAAACGUCACUGUCCUCCCUGGCGAAGGGCAGUAAUGCCGUGGUGGUGGGGAUUCUGGCCGCCGAGCUGGCACGCAGUCUCGACGAGUGCGACCCGUCUACUUUGAUCGUGAUCAACACGCACUGCGUGGACGACGGGUCGUCGCCGGACGAGGCGCUCACCGACCGCUGCGACUAUGAGUUUCUGUACUCACACAGCCCGUUUCUGCGGCGCGACCUGACACGCUUCCUGUCGUUGAUCCUGGGCCAGACGCGGCCGCACGAGGAUCUGAAGACCAAGACCCGCACCAACUUCAUCUCGACGACGUUCCCCGAUGUGCAUGCGGCGCUGCCGAACCUGGACAUCUUGUCUGUCGGGUCGGAUGCGGUGGAGAUCCGGGUGGAUCUGCUGGUCGAGCCGUCGCCGCAGGGGGUCGCCAGCCCCGUGCCGAGCCUGCGGUACGUGGGCCAGCAGGUGAUGCUGCUGCGGCAGCACACGGAGCUGCCGAUCAUCUUCACGACGCGCUGCACCAAGGAGAACGGCAAGUUCCCCAUGGACGACCCGAUGCUGUUCUACCGGUACCUGCGGCGGGCGAUCCAGUGGGGGUGCGAGUACAUCGAUGUGGAGCUGUGGCUGCCCGAGGAGAUCCGGCGGCGGCUGGCCGAGCAAAAGGGCCACAGCGUGAUCAUGUCGGCGUUCCAUGACUUUUCGGGCUCGUGGAAGUGGACGUCGCCCGAGGCGGCGCGCAUCUUUGCGGAGAGCGUGCGGUACGCGGAUAUUGUCAAGAUGAUCGCCAUGAUGGGCCAGCUGUCGCGCGCGCUCAACACGGUCUUCUCGCCCAUCACGCACCCGCUGCUGCCGAUGAUCGCCGCGCCGGGUCAGCUGACCGCGGCCGAGAUCAACGAGGCGAUGCACAUCAUGGGCGCGCUGCCGAAGCGCGAUCUGUACGUGAUUGGGUCGUUCCGGGCCACGCCGCAGUCCAUGUUCAUGGAGAAGUGUUUUAAUGAGCUGAGCCUGCCGCACACGCUGACGUCCAUCGACCGCGGUCCCAAGGGGACGAUCGAGGGGGUGAUCAUGCAGCCCAGCUUCGGCGGCGCCUCGGUGAACCCGCCUAUCUCGGCUGCGACGCCGUACAUUCCUGCGGUCAGCGAGGCCGCGCGGGCGAUCGGGUUGGUCGAUACAAUCGUAGUGGGGGAGCCGCAGCCGCAGCCUGGGUCGGGACCGCAGUCAUCACAAGGAUCGGGGACAACAAGAACACUAAUAGGGGAGAACGCGACAUGGAAAGGAAUCCGGGCGACGCUGACACGCGACUACGUGCCGUCCGCCUACCGGGGCCGAGCGGCGAUCAUCCUGGCAGGCUCGGAGAGCGAUGCCUCCGCAGCCAUCUAUGCGCUACGCAGUCUCGGGGUCGGAUCGAUCUACACUGUUGGAUUCCGAGCGACGGGACCGCUGGCGGCCGGACUGGAGCCCUUCACCUCCAUCCAGUCGGUGAAGCUGGUAGAGCAGCCGUUUGUGAUGGUGUCGGCGCUGCCGCCGGAGAAGUCGCUGCUGGUGCAGCCGCUGCUGCGACAUUACCGGAGCAACGGGCGGACGUCGCCGCGAUCGACGCGGGGCAAAGUGUACCUGGAUCUGACGGCGAGUUCGGGGGAGCGCAAGGGGAUCCGGUGGGCGUGGCGGUCAGUGCGGGCUGGACGGCGUACGGGAUCGACGAGGUGA